AUGGUAUCAAGAGCAGGGUGUUUAGGUGUUGAUUUCGACACUGUUUGUGGCUAUUUUUUGGUUCUUGGGUUUCUGUCGGCAUCAAAAGUGGGUGUUUUGGUUCGGUUUUUGCUGUUGGCACCAUCAGUUGCAUUUUCCAAUUCUGGGCUCUUGUUUUCGGCGUCGUCUGUGGUGUUUUCUGAAUUGUGUGGUCAUAUUGAUGGGAGUGCUCUCGCACCUCAAGGUGUCGAGGCUUUGUCUAAAUGGGAAAUUAAGGAUGCUUGGGUUAUGACUUGGAUCCUUAGCUCGGUUGAGCCUCAUCUUGUUCUCAAUUUGAAGCCUUAUAAAACCACCACUGCUAUAUGGAAUUAUCUCAACACAGUUUAUAAUCAAGACAACUUCGCUAGGCGAUUUCAAUUGGAGUAUGAGAUGGCUAAUUUCACACAAGGAAGUCUCUCAAUUGAGGAAUAUUUUUCUGGUUUUCAAACUCUUUGGGCUGAUUAUUCCGAUAUUGUUUAUGCUAAUGUUCCCGUUGCAGCUCUCUCUGCUGUCCAAGCAGUGCAUGCAACCAGCAAGCGCGAUCAAUUCUUGAUGAAGCUACGACGUGACUUGGAAAUUGCACGGUCUAAUCUGAUGAAUUGUCAUCCUGUACCAUCUCUGGAUGCCUGUUUGAGUGAACUUCUUUGUGAGGAGUAA